AUGGGCUUUGGCGAUUUCGAUUCGAUAUGCGAGAAGGCCCCUUUGCCGCUAUGCUCCCUAGUGGGUCCACCAUCUUCAAUAUCGGGCUCCACGGGCAUCAUACCAAAUUGUUAUGCGCGGAACAUUGAGCUGGCCAAUACAAUCAUCUUCGAAGGGGCUUCCUGCUUCCUCCACAUCAUCGCGCUGGGGAUGACCGUGAUUAUGAUCCUGCACAUUCGAUCCAAGUUCACUGCUGUCGGUCGCAAGGAAAUUAUUACGUUUUUUUACAUUUACAUGGCUCUAACCCUAUGUUCCCUGAUCCUUGACGCAGGGGUCGUUCCACCUGGGAGUGGCCCAUUUCCUUACUUUACGGCGGUGCAGAAUGGACUGGCAUCGGCACUAUGCACAUCCCUGCUCAUCAACGGAUUUGUUGGUUUCCAGCUCUACGAAGACGGAACGUUUCUCUCUGUCUGGCUUCUUCGGCUUUCUUCCGCGGCGAUGUUUGUCAUCUCCUUCCUAGUCUCUCUCGCGACCUUCAAGUCGUGGGGAGGCCUGGGUCCCACCAACACCGUCGGCAUGUUUGUCGUUCUGUAUGUCCUGAACGCUAUUUGCAUCGCCGUGUAUCUGGUAAUGUCGUUGUUACUGGUAAUGAACACCCUCGAGGACCGCUGGCCUCUCGGCCACAUCGCGUUUGGUCUCGUGGUCUUCAUCUGUGGUCAGGUGCUCCUCUACGCAUUUAGUGACACCAUCUGCGAUAGCGUGCAACAUUACAUGGACGGUCUUUUCUUCGCCACGUUCUGCAACCUCUUGGCUGUCAUGAUGGUGUACAAGUUCUGGGACUACAUUACGAAAGAAGAUCUCGAGUUUUCCGUCGGAAUUAAGCCCAACACCUGGGAGGUCAAGGAACUCCUUCCGGAUGAAGAUCGCCGUCAGACAGGAUACUACGCUGAUGCAAACUCGGAGUAUGCCGGGAGCAUGUAUCAUCAGCGCAUGUCGACCUAUCACGGCCAUUAA